UUGACCCAUAAGCUAAACACGCCCGCACGUACGUAGCCGGCGCGGCCUACAUCCAUGACAUCGGUACACACACGUACUUCGUGAUUUUAAUUUCGACCCGCAACAAAAAACAAUUCUUCAAAAAUGAAUGGCAUUCUACUUUGCGUCAUUCUAUUUGUUAGUUUGCCCUUGCAUGUGGAGGACAUCAGUCUUCUUCAUUUAACAUCUCCUGAAUCACAGGACAAUGACAAGCAGGAUGAAGGCUUGUCAAAACAAGAUGCACUUCCAGAUAAUCCCGGGCAGCAGGUUGAUGCCAUUCCACCUGCUGGAGGCGAGGAAGAUGCCGCAGUGCCAGAGAUGGAUCCAGCAUCUGAGGAGAUAACAUUUGUGGGUUUUUCUCUGUUUGUGCAGAAAAUUUGGAACGGACAAAUACACUUGAAUGUCCAACUCUUCCAAAUAAUACAAGAAUUUUGGCAAUGUUUUGUCUCUACGUCUGCAUGGUUUAAUCAAAUAAACUGCAAAUUUGUGCUGGUCCCAAAGGACUGACUGACCGACAGACAGUCUGUGAUUGGUAACUAAUAUGCUGG